AUGUCGUUGACUCGGCAGUCAAUCGUCCUUGCGAGAAAAACGUUUUUUGGAGGUGAGGCUGAGGCCCGCAACAAUUAUCUCAACGAAGUCCGCUUCGACGAAUUCCUUCGAGGUACUCUGAACAGCUCGGAAGAGAUUCAUGAAAAUAUCAUGACUGCCUUCUGCGGCUAUGGUAAUAUGGUGGAUAGUAAAGCAACCUGGAGCAUUUUCUAUCACCGCGCGCAGUGCAGCCUCACCGAAUAUCUUGCCAAUGACAACUACUUCCCGAUAACAUCUCGUGGUAGGCUUGAACAUAUCUACCAGAUGCUCUGCAUUGCCAACGCGCUCAAGUGGAUGGCCGAUAGGACACAUGAUGGGGUACAGGGCCCCGUCGAGUUAGGAUACUACCAUUGUGACUUGAAACCAAGCAAUAUUCUGGUUUUCAUCACAGAAGGUGAUCCCAGCAAACUGACCUUCAAGGUCAGCGAUUUCGGUCGUGCGGUGCCUAGCUCAAAUGCUUCCGGACCUGGUCGCAGUAUGAACAGAUCGAGUACUGUUCCAGUCGAAGCUAUCGACUCUAUGUGCAGUGCUCCGGAAAUGUCGGGGAAAAUCCCUGUUGUGGGUUCAAGAUCCGAUGUUUGGUCCUUCGGCUGUAUCCUCUUGCUCGUUCUUGUGUUCAAUGCGCAUGGAAUGGCUGCUGUGGCCGAGUUUACCAGCAGUCUUCUCAGGACGGCCGCUACCGACAGCUUCUGGGAGCCUAGGCACAAGUCGUUCGGCAGGACUGCAGACAUAGUGGUGAAAGCAGAGGUGUCUAAUUGCAUUGAACAGUUGCGAAAUCUAACCAGAGACAACACUGACUGGGUUGUGGUGGAUGGCCUUCUGACAUUGCUGGAAAAAGAGAUCCUGAUAACGAACCGGAAAAAAAGAGCCCGACUCGACAGAUUGAUCGCGCAGAUGGCAGAAAGAUACAACAGCAGAUAUCAAGUCACACCCAAAGAGGAGAAGCGAAAUAGGCAAGCUCAGUACCUUCUAUGUGCUCAGUCGCCUCGAGGAGAAUUCGAACUUUUUCACGAGAAAGGAGAUCGCCGAACUCUUUUCAUCUGGCGCUUCGGUUGGACUGGUCCUUUACAUGAACUGCGGCCCAUGAGCCCUCCGAAAGAUUCAGAGAACAUACUACCGCAGUUGAACCCACACUCUGAUUCUUGCGCCAGCGAAAAGAUCUGUCAAGUGGUUUCUAAUCGUGAUCCGUUUGAGGUGGGUCUUGUUGAGCAAGGAUGUAUCCAUUGA